GACUUUAUCCGUUUUGAAGGUGACACUUAAACGACACUUUCAAUCCCAAGACAAAUAUCGUCCGGUUUAAAGCGACAGCGUCGCUUAGCAACGCGGAUAAACAGCUACAAACAGAAACGAGGUGGUUGUUACGUGUGUCAAAAGCAGGAAACGCCGCUUGUCAUAUAUAGUGUGUCACACGACCCCAAGAUCAAGGCAGCAACAUAACACAACACAGUAAGGAAGGCUCUAACGAAACGGCACAGCAAGUGAGCGAGAAAACAUCCGAUUGACAGAAUUGUAACGUGUUUUAUCUAAAAGUCGCCAUGGGUUGUAGUGCAAGUAACCAAGCGAAAACCACGGCUACACAACCAACGGUUCAGACGUCUUCAAUAGUGGCGCCUACAGUGGCUCCAAACAACAACACAACCACACAAUCCGCCAACCCUAAACCGGCGUCGAACGAGCAGGAGAUUCAACCCUUGGCUUCGUCCAGCACGCCAAAUGAACAGCCCAAACACGUUCCCACAAGCCAACCCCCGAACGAUAAAGCUGAUGGUGCAGGGUGUGAACAGGUUGAGCCUGAACCAAGAGAAGAGCCUGUAGGUGAGGAGGCAAAAGUUUCACAUCAGGAAACAAUAACUGAAGAACCUGCAAAGGAAGAGCCAGCAAAAGAGGAAGCUGCCUCACCAUCUGAUGAAACCACUACCGAUUCCCCCGGGGAUGCCUCUGCACCCACAGAGGAAGCACCCUCUAGAGAUGAGGCUGCUGCACCUAAACAGGAGGAGGAAGCCCCCAAGGAUGAGGCUGCAGCAUUCGAAGAAGUAGCAGCAGCCACAGAAAGUACAUCAGCAGCAACUGAGACUAAUGAUGCUAGUGCAGAGGUGAAUGAAACAGACAAGUCCGCAGAAGAUGCUUCUGAAGCAAAACCAGAGGAUGAUGCCGCAGAGGGUGCAGCAAUCCCUAGUGAGGAGACGGGAGCGGCAGAGAACAAACCCGAGUCUUCAGCAACAGAGGGUGGUGAUAAGCCUGAGGCAACAGCUGAAGUGACAAAAGAGGAAACCACAAAGGAGGGAAAUGAUGAGAGUGAAAAGCCUUCUGAGGACACACCAAAUACAGAGGAUAAUUCAGAAGACAGUUAGUAGAUGACUACCAAGUGUAGUUACUUUGAGCUCAAGGCUCACUCAAAGAUACAUGUCAUUGGGCAACCUCAAUCUAGUUUAUGGUAGAGAGAUAGGAGGUAAUCAACAUUGCCCCCUUUUACAUGCUAGGAUAGGAAAGAAAGACAUGCUGCAGGAUAGAUGGAAAAUCAUCAUGGUAAAAUGAUGUCACCUUUAUAUUGCUGCACAAAAUGACAUGAAAAAUUCAGGUAUAGAAUAGGUGUAGAAUCAAUUGCAUACAUAUCAUACUGUUGGACGAUUAAAUGAGAUAGAUAAAUAUUAUUUAGCCUGAUUGAAACUCUGCACCCAUUUUUUAUGCAAAAUAAGAUAGGGUCAGCAAUUAGAUAUUUAAGGAGGUCUUCAGAAAUGUUGAGUAAGAUAUUUUUUUUGGUCAUGGUUGUUUUUUAUCUUUUUGGGUUGCUAUAUAUAUAUAUAUAUAUUUGUAAUCUUGUAUUUGUAUUAGCUUUUUGUUGGAAUUCUACCACCUCUAAAAUAGUUAAUUGCCUGACCAUACAUAGCAAAUAAAGCUUCUCUUUGCUGUUUUAUCUGGAAGGACAAUUUGCAAUGUGGCUUUAAUAGUGUUUAUCAUGCACUAAACUCCUCAAUAAAAACCAAACUGUAAAAGAUAGCAACAUGGUAAAUGUUAAUUGCAAACCCAUACUUGUCUGUUUCAAAUUGGGUAUUAUUUAAUGUUAGUAAAAUAGUUGUAUUUAGUUUGAGAUAUUUCUAUAAAGAAAGCAAACUUCACAUCAGCUAUAAAAACAUACUGGAUAUGUUAGUUCUAGUGACAUAUUCAAUUCAAAGUUUUAGAAAGAGAUUCUAUAUUUUUAAAAUGGAAAAUAAAAAUGAUUUAUGAGGAAUUCAUUUCUGGAUUAAAAAGGAUUUAGGAUGAAAACAACAGGAAUUACUAUGUGAAAGUUUUAAGUGGGCUUAUAUACUUACAUGUUUCCUUAUGGACACAGUAAAUCAUGUAUCAUAAACAACAAUCAAGUGGGAAAUUAUAGCUUUCAAGUGAUCCAGUAGAAAGAUAGAAAAUCGAUUUUGCUGUAAAUAAAGUCUACUAAUUUUUGUAAUGUACAUAGCUUAUUAUCACAUCAAUAAAAGUGAUGGAACACAAA